ACGAUAUGUCAUCGGUGAUCAUUAGUGAAAUCAUUUGCUCGUCGUCCUUCGUGAUAUUCAUUUCAAUUUAGAUUUUCAUCAAAUUAUAUUCAUCGAAUAUUUUAUUAUGGCUAGUGUUUUAUUAAGAAAUAAUUUACUUCGAAAUUUAUUCAUCAAUUUUCGAUGUAAUGCUAAAAGAUUUCAAUCAACAUCGAUCAAUACGAUUAUUGAUCCAUCGUUUGAAUUAACAACUGAUCAAAUUCAAUUACAAGAAAUGGCACUCAAUUUUGCUUUGAAUGAAUUUCGACCAUAUAUGAAAGAAUGGGAUGAAAAUGAACAUUUUCCACGUGAUCAGAUGAGAAAAGGUGCCGAACUUGGAUUUGCUGGUCUUUAUCUACCUGUUGAAGAUGGUGGUUCCGGUCUUAGUCGAUUAGAAACAUCGAUUGUUGUCGAAGCUUUAGCACAAGGUUGUGUUUCAACAACGGCAUUGUUGACCAUACAUAAUAUGGCUACCAAUUUAAUCUGUAGUUAUGGUAAUGAAGAAUUGAAAAAAAGAUUUCUACCCGAUUUAACUAGUUUCAAAAAGAUGGCAUCAUAUUGUUUGACCGAACCAGGUGCUGGAUCCGAUGCGGGUAAUCUAAGUACAAGUGCUGUACGUAAAGAUGGAUAUUAUAUAGUAAACGGCAGUAAAGCAUUUAUAAGUGGUGGAGGUGAUAGCGAAGUUUAUGUAGUUAUGUGUCGUACAGGUCCACCUGGACCAAAAGGAAUUUCAUGCUUAGUGAUCGAAAAAGGUACCGAAGGUCUUAAUUUUGGUAAAAAAGAGAAAAAACUUGGCUGGAAUAGUCAACCUACACGAGCGGUUAUCAUGGAAGAUUGUAAAGUACCAGUUGAGAAUUUAGUCGGUGAAGAAGGACAAGGCUUUAAAAUGGCAAUGGAUGGCCUAAAUGGUGGCCGACUGAAUAUAUCAUCAUGUUCAUUGGGUGCAGCACAAUGGGCAUUAGAAGAAACAAUCGCAUAUACAUCGGAUCGUAAACAAUUUAAUCGAACAAUAUCAUCGUUUCAAAAUACACAAUUCAAAUUAGCUUUAUUAGCAUCUGAAUUAUUUGCAUCAAGAUUAGUUAUACGUUCGAAUGCACGAAGAUUUGAUGCCGAAACUAAUGAUUCAGAAUUGAAUCUUAAAUGUGUACCAUUACCAUCAGUAAUUGCAGCAGGAAAAUUAAUAACAACCGAAAAAGCAUUUACAAUUAUUGAUCAAUGUUUACAAUUAUUUGGUGGUUAUGGUUAUCUAAAAGAUUUUCCAUUACAACAAUUAUUACGUGAUACACGUGUACAUCGUAUAUUGGAAGGUACGAAUGAAAUAAUGCAGCUUAUCAUAUCACGCGAUUUUGUUCAACAAAAAUAAUUAAAAAAAAAUUGAUAAAAAUCAAAAAUGAUUAGAAAAAUAAAUUCCAUUUCAAUUCACUAGAUGGUAAUGCGGUGGUCAACAAAAAAAAAAAUCU